AUGAUGCAGCAUACUCUUACCCCAAAGGUGGAUGCCCGGGAGCGCAUGGCUGCCUUGCUGGCUUGGCACACGACACAGGAGCUCCACCGUGUGGAACCGAUGAUGAGGGAGCUCAGCACCUUGCGCCAUGCAGGGCUGGACGUGGUUCGGGGCUCCAGACGGACCAACCCCUCGCAAUUCAGAGUAGUCCGCAGAAUGGUCUUCACUGCCACUUUUGACGACCUGGCUGCCGGCCUUGAACUCAUUCAUAGUCAUGGUUCAAAACCUGCUCUUGGGUUCGAUACUUGGACUAGUGAAGGUGAUGUGUGUGCGUCGCUGGCUGCUGUGCAAGCUGAAUUGGCAUGUUUGCAUAAUGAGAAUAACAUGUUGUGGAACAAGCUUGUGGAUGUGACGGUUGCAACCGCAGCCGAGAAGGCAGCACUGAAGUCCGAGUAUGCGGCACUGGAGUCCAAGUACAAGGAACUGGAGUCCAAGUAUGAGGCACUGAAGCCCGAGAAUGUGCUGCAUCCUCGGACUGCUCAGCAAGUGCUUCGGCUGGGGGUCCUGGGGUGUCCCGUUCCGGCCUGCGAGUGGUGUUGUGCACGAUGCCCCAUCAUGCACCUAAAGGAGAUCCUUGGCCAUCAUCUUGACCACAGACACCACAGCAACACGGCCGAGGCCCUCAGCCAACUCCUGCACGCCUCCCGGCCCGUCAGGAGUGAGCUGCCACAGCGUGUCAUCAUCCAGGCUGUGCACCGCUGUGUUGGCUUCACAGAUGAUGUGGUGCACCUGAAUAUCCUGGAAGCACGAUUCACUGCACUUGCACUGCAGGGUGUCGCCGACCACCAUGGCCUGGGCCUUGUUGACCAGCUCCCUCUCAAUUGCUCACCCUUCUUCUUGUACCAUUUCUUGUACAGCUCCCUCAAGUCCAGAGAGUACAAAAACAUGGCAAGUUGCGCGCUCCACCAGAGGAACAAAAUUCUCGCUCAGGAUGUUAACCUUGCCCUGGUUGCUGCUGUCGUCUGCUUUGUGUGGCGCCAGGCUAGCAUGCUGCGAAACCUUGCGUGUAAUUGUUGCCAAUUGCACUCGUAA